UAUACGGCCAUUUGAGAGUAAACGUCUGCUUAACGUAAGAGCCAUUGACAGCCUGGUCCUAGAUCUGUUUGUUCUGUCAUUGUUUGCAUAAGGAGCGGCAAGGACUGGCAUGAUGAUGGCACAAACAGACUGGUACCCAGGAGUGUAUUUUUUAGUCUCAUUAGUUUCCAUUAGACACUUUCAGGUAGGUCCCACAUUCAGGUAGGUCCCUCCGUUUCGUUCUUUCUACUUUGUUUGUACCCAUCUUCUGUUUAGUUUCUUUUGGUUGCUAGCUAGUGAUUACAGGCUAACAUCCAUAUAUGGCUGUCUGUAGACGUAGAUGGCAUAAUGCCGCGUUCAUGUGCUAGUCGGAAAUAGGAAGCUGCAUUUUCGACUUACUAACUGGUUGAGGUAGUCUGAACUAGGAAAUGGACAUGGUUAAGUGGUUAUGGAUUUCAGGCUAGACCGCUACCAACAAAAUGUAAACAAAGAAUCAAAAGCAUCCUGUGACCUUUUCAAAUGCAUGAUUUACAUCCCUAUGCUAAUAAUUAAGUGUGGGAACAAGUACAACAAGCAACAUCGUGUUUGUCACUGUUGGGCAGGUGUGUGCCUCUGUGUCACCAGCAGAGAUGAGUUACGCCAUACAGCUGUUGAUUUACCGUGGGGAUAUCUGUCAUGGCUGUGCACUGCUCCCUCUGGCCUACCGGUUCCUUCUCCGCAUGCUGAGUUCUGGUCCCUGUGUGAGCUGCAGCAUUCAGGAGAGCUACCAGCUGCUACAGCUUGAGCUUCCAGAUGAGGGAGAGAGUAGCCCUGCGCAGGUGAAGGAAGCCUACCUGCGCAUGGCCAAGCUGUACCAUCCAGACUCGGGCGCUGCUACGGGAGACGAGGCACUGUUUGCGCGGGUAGAGGCAUACGGCGCCGUGCUGGCGCACCAGUCCCGGCUUCAGAGCUGUGGGGGUCCGAUGAAGGUGAAAGACGUGGCUCCUCAGCACUGCCACUACCUGAGCUACGAGGGCGUGGCCUCGGGGACGCCUAGCCAGCGCGAGCGCCAAUACCGGCAGUUCCGAGUGGAUUGGGCAGUGGAGCAGGUCCUCGACUACUCCAGAAGGAGCAUGAGAGUGGCUGCAGCCGAGGGGGCGCUGGUGGAGAGGGACGUCCGCCAGCUCAGCCGGCAGAUCAAGGUCACGCAGAGGCUGGUGGAAGACCUCAUUCAGGAAUCCAUGUCCCGGGGAGACUUCCGCAACAAGUUUGAGCACAACCAGUACGACGACCCCAUGACCCACAACCUCAUCGACAACAACCAGCCACCCUGGAUUGUCAUGCAGCGCGACAUCAGAGAGGACAUCGCGCAGAUCCGAGAGAGACUGCUGCAGGGCCGGGCGCGGCUCACCGACCCCAUGGGUCCCAGGGAGCAUGCCCAGUUGUAGCAACUGUGUGGGGCGGUGGCGGAGGACCUUAAGAAACUCAAUUAGACGUUGGAUAACUUCAACCUGAUUGCGCCCAUGCAAAUGGUCCACUUCAGUUUGGAGCACGAGAUCGACCGCGCAGAGAAAGCAGCCAUUCAAGGCAGACAGGAGAGGAAGAGAGAAAGAGUGAGGGAGUGGGAGGAGCAGAGAAGAGAAAGGGAGUGGGAGAAGAUAAGAUUAAAACAUCACUCUUAGCAAGGUGGCCUGCUGGCAUGGAUGCAGARUUUACUCAAAUUGACAAUGGACCAUGAAUGCAAAAUGAGAUAAAAGGAUAUUUCAAAUCAAACUUUUAUCUAAAGUCCAUGUACACAGGUGUCAACACACAUCGAAGAGGAUGAGGCAGAGGUGUUGAAUCAUUUGUCUGUCAUUUGCAGUGUUUUUGCUACAUUGGGUUGAUUACAGUAGCGUGUUAUAACACACAGAAAACUAGAACAAGCCACUACUACAACACGGUUACUUGACCUUACUGUAACUCAACUGUGCUUUACAAUAAUGCUACACCGUGUCAGUGUCUGGACACAAUGGUAAUGGUAUUAGACUACAAUAAUCCAUUUAAUGAAAUACUUUGUCUGUUUAUAAGCUAAGUGAUUCUAAUGACAUUGAUUUGUUUCUUUACUGAAUGAAGGAAUGAAAGCAUAGAAUACUCGAUGUUCGUUAUGAAUGAGCAGUUUACUGAAACUGCUCUGAACUCAAAUACGGGGAAACAGAAACCUCUGAAGAUUUUUUUGCACACUUCCAGUCAGAUGAAAAAAUAUUGAAGUAGGAGGUAAGCUUUCAGGUCAGUCAACCUCAGAGUCGAUUGACCGAAUGCUAAGMUACUAUGAGUGGAAGUGUUCGGUGACUUCUUCCAGUUUUGCAUUUUGCCUCCCGCAACUUCAAUAGUCGAUUAUGGGUGUGCGGUAGAUUCUGCCUAUGAAUGCAUUGCAAUAA